AUGAGUACUUCUGGUGUCGUUGACGAGCCUCCCGAAUCUUAUACUAUGGAACCCGUUCAUGAGCAGACAGCCACUCUACACACUUAUUGUAAAGAGUCUGCCCUCCUUCAUCGCUCACUGGCAGAGCUUCCGCAUAUGGUAACCAAUGCCCAAGGAAGCUUCUUAUUUCUCGGCAACGGCCAGAAAAUUCUUGACGCAUGUGGCGGAGCAGCGGUUGCUAUUCUCGGCCAUGGCAACCCCGAGGUCAUUGCAGCGACAGUCGAACAAAUGCAGAAAGUGAGUUACGUACACACCAUGUCAUACACAACGAAGCCGGCCGAGGAGCUUGCACAAUUCCUUGUCAAUAUGGGAGGCGAUGCACACAAGCUCACAAAGGCUUAUCUGGUCGGCAGUGGAAGUGAAGCAAAUGAAGCUGCAUUGAAGGCCGCUAGGCAAUACUUCGUGGAGAGAGGAGAGGUUCAAAGAUGCUACUACGUUGCAAGAAGGCAGUCUUAUCAUGGCAAUACAAUGGGUGCGAUGACAGUAUCAUCUAACUUGGCUCGUAAAGCGCCUUAUACGGAUGUCUUACCCUCGAAUGUAUCGUUUGUGAGCCCAGCCUACGCAUAUCGAUAUCAAGAGGCAGACGAGACAGAAGAACAAUAUGCUGCGAGAUUGAUCUCGGAGCUCAGGCAGGAGUUUCUCCGCAUUACUCCGGAGAAGAUUAUAUCAUUUAUAGCGGAGCCAGUUGUCGGCGCAACAUCAGGAUGUGUACCAGCUCCAAGGGGCUAUUUUCGUGGCGUUAGGGACUUGUGCGAGGAAUACGGGAUUUUGCUUCAUCUGGAUGAAGUCAUGUGUGGUGUGGGGCGUACAGGGACAUAUUUUGCUUUCGAACAGGAAGGAAUUCAGCCGGAUAUAGUAACUAUCGGAAAGGGUCUGGGAGGGGGUUAUGUUCCUAUAUCAGCGAUGCUGCUCGGGGACAAAGUAGUUGAUUCUCUAAGACGAGGUACCUCGGCAUUCAAUCACGGCCAGACAUUUCAAGCGCACCCGGUAGCAUGUGCAGCUGCACUUGCGGUCCAAAAGAUAGUAAAGCGUGACCACUUACUACAGCGUUGCGCCGAAUGUGGUCAAAAACUUGGACGUAUGCUGUGGGAAACAUUCGCCGAUUGCAGGUAUGUGGGCGAUAUACGAGGUAGGGGACUCUUUUGGGCUAUGGAAUUUGUCCAGGAUCCAAGCACCAGAGCCCCCUUUCCAAAGCAUAUUGCAUUUGGUGCAAGAAUCCACAAAGCAGCGUUUGAUUUUGGGGUGGCUAUCUAUCCAGGCACCGGGACAGUUGAUGGUGUGAACGGUGAUCAUGUAUUGAUAGCACCGCCUUUCACUGUCUCUGACGAGGAGUUAUGUCUAUUAGUAUCAACCCUGAAAAGGGCCUACGAUGUAGCGGAGGAUUCUCUAGAUGGUUGA